GAAUUAAGAAUCUCUCGAACGAUAGCCGGACGAGAUCUUGCUAUCAUUUAUGACUUCCAGAUAGGAAUCUUUAAUUAUCAUUAUAUGAAUAGGAAGCCACUAUUCAGCCUGCGAACAAACGGAGAGAAUGAUUAACAUUUUGAUGUGCUUAUUUAAGCAUCUCCCCGCCUCACCUUAGCGCCAACGCUAGAGUAUGGCGUCAUUCUUUAAUUGGAUUUUGGAUGUCGUGUGCAACUUGUUGUGGGUCAGAUCGCAAUGGCGUGAUUGUAGUCUGAUGGGAAAAGGUGAUAGAUUGAGCAUUGAUCAGUGUUUCAUAUAUAUAAAGAGAAGGAUCAUGAGAUCUUACAGUCCAUUUUGAUCUACUCCUCAUAAUCAAGAAUGACUGCAACUGCAAAUUAUCUCGCUGCUAAUAAAGCCUUUUCGGCUUCCCGUCCUGCUAACCAACUUCCACUUCCACCAAGUAAGCAAGUUCUCGUUUUAACAUGCAUGGAUGCACGUAUUCUUCCAGAAGCCGCACUUGGACUCAAAGAAGGUGAAGCCCACGUGGUGAGGAAUGCAGGUGGUCGUGCACCGGAAGCAUUGCGUAGUAUUGUAAUCUCUCAACAGCUUCUUGCAACGAAGGAAAUCUUGGUAAUUCAACAUACAGAUUGCGGUAUGGUAACUUUUACCACCGAUCAGGCUCGUGGAUUGAUCGCAAAGAAUCUGAACCUUUCAGCAGAUUCUACCGGAAGGAAAACGCUGGAUCAAUUGGAGUUCCUCGAAUUCCCAGAAGUCGAGAAUAACGUAAAGGCGGAUGUUGAAUUCCUCAAAAAGAGUGAAUUGGUUGAUACCAAUAACAUCACUGGCUAUGUUUACGACGUCAAAUCGGGUGCUUUGAAACAAGUUGCUUGAUUAUCAUGUUUAUGAUUUAUAUUAUCCUUCUCUUAUCUUCCUACGGGCAGACAACG